UCAAUCUCGGUUGAAUGCCAGACAUGGCGGCGGACCUGAACCAGGACUGGCUCUCUUGCCUGCCGUCUGCUUGGAGUUAUGGGGUAACACGAGACGGGCGAGUCUUCUUUAUCAACGAACACGCAAAGAGUACCACCUGGCUACAUCCAGUGACUGGAGAGGCCGUAAUUACCGGCCACAGGAAGACUGCAGAUCUGCCUACUGGAUGGGAGGAGGGAUAUACAUUUGAAGGAGCAAGAUGCUUCAUAAACCACAAUGAACGAAAGGUGACUUGCAAACAUCCAGUUUCAGGACAGCCAUCCCAGGACAACUGUAUCUUUGUUGUAAAUGAGCAAUCAAUUUCAAAAAUGACAUCACAUGAGAAAAAGGACAGACCUGUGAGCACAAUAAGUGAAGCUUCUAAUUACACCUUAACAUCUGAGUAUGCUGCCCUUCCUGGGAGUCCUGUUGGCAGAGCUUCAAGAUCAUCAAAAAAAGUUCAUAACUUUGGAAAGAGAUCCAACUCAAUAAAAAGAAACCCAAAUGCACCUGUCAUCAAGAGGAACUGGCUUUAUAAGCAGGAUAGUACUGGAAUGAAACUUUGGAAGAAAAGAUGGUUUGUACUGUCGGAUUUGUGCCUAUUCUAUUACAGAGAUGAAAAAGAAGAAGGAAUUCUGGGAAGCAUCCUCCUUCCUAGUUUUCAUAUUUCAAUGCUUUCUGUGGAUGACCAUAUAAAUAGAAAGUAUGCUUUUAAGGCAACACAUCCAAAUAUGCGGACUUAUUACUUCUGCACAGAUACAGCCAAAGAAAUGGAGUCAUGGAUGAAGGUCAUGACUGAUGCUGCUCUUGUUCAUACUGAACCAGUUAAAAGGAUUGAGAAACUCAAGAUGGAUCAUCCUGGCUCCCAAGACCUCAACAAUGUAAUUAAGCACAAGGUUCUAACCAGACCAGAAGCACAAAACAAUGAGAAGAACCGGGAAGUUGGAAAAUUUGAAGAAAAAAAAAACAAAGAUGCUGAAAAGUAUGGCUUUCAGAAGGAUGGUAUUGAAAGACCUUUAACAAAAAUAAACAGCAUAAAGAUGCACCCUUCAGCAGGAGAAAGUGAGACAAUAACAAAUGUACCAGUACAAGUGGGUCAGUGCAGGCCUGUACAGAUAAAUGUUUCUGGGGACAAUCUAAACACAACUGAAAUUGGAAGUACUUCUGUACAGAACACAGUACACCAUGAGCCAGAAAAAACAAUGCAGAGGACUAAUUCAAUGCUUCAGCUUGAGCAGUGGGUAAGAACUCAGAGAGUUCGAGGGCAAGAGGAUGAGACGAGAAGCAUUACUUCAUAUCAGACACUACCCAGGAACAUGCCAAGCUAUCGAACACAGGUUGUGCCCCAUUAUCCUGAGGGCUAUCGGACUCUCCCUCGAAAUAGUACCACCAGACCAGACAGCAUCUGCAGUAUUUCACCCUUUGUAUAUGAUAGGGUACUCGGAUCUUUAGGUUCUGAAGAAAAACGAAGAUCAAUGCGUGAUGAUACCAUGUGGCAAUUGUAUGAGUGGCAGCAGAGACAGGUUUACACAAAGCAGACACCAAUCAAUGCCUAUGGUACUUUAACAAGUCCAAAAACAAUGAUUAAUAUUUCAGAGCAGGUGUCUCACUCUAUUCCUCCAUCACCCUCUCAUGGCUCCAUCGCCCUUUACCAAGGCUACUCUCCACUACGUUCGUACAAUGCAGGAUCCAGAUCAGAAGUGUCAUCCCCGGUUUUUCGAGGAGAUGUGACAAUGGACCGUCGACACAGAACUCAUCUUAAUAAGUAUGCAUAUCCAAAUGACCGAAGAUCGAUGCAGAGUGGGACACCUUUACAAUCAAUCACUCCACAGGGACUGCAAAGUAAAACGCCAGAAGAGUUGACUCUGCUGUUAAUCAAGCUGAGGCGGCAGCAGGCAGAGCUGAAUAGCAUCCGAGAGCAUACAUUAGCGCAGCUUAUGCAACUAAAUCUUGAUGCCACCAAUCCAAAGAAUGAGAUUCUUUCACAUCACCUUCAAAGGAACCUUGUAUAUUUGGAUAAUCAGAUGAAAGAAAAUGAACCCUUAAUCUUCAUGGUUCACACAAUGAUUGAGAACUCGGCACCCAGGCCCCAGCUGUACCAGCAAAUGGAUGGAUUUAGAGAUUCAUCAUUCACAUACAAGCCUGAAGAUCUUGACAUUGAUACUAAGCUCAGCCAUCUCUGUGAGCAGGACAAGCUUGUCAGGACACAGGAAGAAAAGCUCCAACAACUUCACAGAGAAAAGCACACUCUCGAACAAGCCUUGCUUUCAGCUAGUCAAGAAAUUGAAAUGAAUGGCGAAAACCCCGCAGCUAUUCAGAAUGUGAUCCAGCAGAGGGAUGUACUGCAAAAUGGACUCUUGAGCACAUGUCGAGAACUUUCUCGAGCCAACGCUGAAAUUGAAAGGUCCUGGAGGGAAUAUGAUAAGCUGGAGUCAGAAGUUGCACUGGCAAAGGCAAAUCUUCUUGAACAAUUGGAGAAGGUUGGAGAAAUGCAGAAGACUGACUUGUCCAGUCAACAACACACCCAAAUUCAAAAAGAGCUUUGGAGAAUUCAAGAUGUUAUGGAAGCUCUGAACAAAAACAAGAUACAGAGGAGUACAACAGAUGCCGGUUUCAUGGGAUGCAGGCCCAUUUCUAGCAAGCAAAAAAAUGAGGAAGAGGAAUCUGCCCCACCAAGACCUCCUCUCCCCCAAUCUUACAAUCUUUCUGAAAGGGCUCCAGUAGUGCCCCCACUUCCCACUGACAACAUCCUGCUUCUGCAUGCAAGCAGGAGUCUAGCUCAGCGGCUUGAGGACAGGAAGAUGUACCAUAUGCAAGGAUGCCCAAGAAAUGGAACACAUACUGGCCCUGAUUAUCGUCUUUACAAAAGUGAACCAGAGUUAACAACUGUUGCAGAAGUAGAUGAAACCAAUGGAGAAGACAGAACUGACACAGGAACUGAAAAAGAAUCCCCAAGUGCAAAAGGCGUUUCAUAUCCUGUGGGCAUAGUGCCUCCUCGAACAAAAUCUCCAAUGCCUGAGUCUUCAACAAUUGCUUCCUAUGUCACCUUAAGAAAAGGCAAAAAACUUGACACAAGAAUGGAUAGACCAAAAAGUGCUGUGGAGCAGCUGUGCCUGGCAGACUGCUCUCGACCUCGCAUGAGUGUUGAAGAACAACUGGAAAGAAUUAAGAGGCACCAGCAGGCAUCUCUCCGGGAAAAGAAGAAAGGGGUAAAUUUGAUUGGCAGCCAAGAAAAUUCUCCUUCAAGGAGUUCAUCAUUUUCAAAAGAAAAUCAUUUCAGGCCAAUACAGCACCAAAAGAAGGAGGAUUGGUUAUCCAGUGAUAUUAAAGAGUUGGAGACAUCUCUUCAACAGAAUGAAUUAGACGUGAACCAUGAAACCCCUGCGGAAGAAAUUGCACGACUAAAGGAAGCAGCUGAAUCAGAACAUUUCAUUGUGGAGAAGGAGCUGUCUAAGCCAGAGAAAGUUCCAAUCCAUGAGAGGUACAUUGAAUCUGACACAGAGGAGCCAUUAAGUCCAGAGGAUGAGGCUGACAAACAAAAGAAAGUAGACAGGAUAAAGUCAAUCAUUGCCAAAAACAGCUUACAAAAUAUGAUGCCUUUGGUAAACCACAAAACUGAGCAUAUUUCUGAAGAUGAUGCAUGUGUCCAGGAGCAGGAAAAGAUUAUAAAUAUUUCAUAUGAGCUGGCUGCAGAGGCUUCAAAGAGAAGCAAGCUUGUAGCAGCUAUUUAUUUUGUUUUCUUUUGUUGCGCUGUUAUUUACAGUGAAAAGCCUCCCCUCUCCACCUCAGUCCCCAACUGUUACAUCAUCACCGUCACAUCCUAAACUUUCAGAGGGAUCCCACUUCAUGUGUGUUUAGUAACAAACACUCAAGCAAUGGCCUCUGUGAAGUCGUGUACAUGAGAACUGCCAACUGAAAUCCAGUCUUUGGUACAGAGAACCACGUUGCACACUCCGUGUCCUUUCGGAGUAAUCCAUCCGGACAGUUCUGUCCCACAAGAGAGAUUUUUCCAUGACCAGCACUGGGCCUUAUCAUCUGAUGCCUCCAAACAAGACUAUCAGUGGCAAACUGACAAAGUAGAGGUGGUCUUCACUUUUCUAUUGUCUGCCUCACUCAAACAUUCAGGAAUCAAUGUUCCAAAUGGAAGGGUUGUUGUUUUUUAUUUUAAACUACCGUGAAGAUUAUAGGUUUGGGUUAUCCAAGGGCACCACCAACAUAUUGUUGGGGAUUUUGCUUACAAGAUUGCAAGUUUUGUUGAGGUGCUAUUUUAAACUUCUUUUUAUCAGAGUUAUGGUAAAGCAAGAUUUCAUUAAGAUUCUUAAUUUUAUUCCUUAUGGUCUGUGAGCUAAUCCAAUCUUCACCACUUUACACCGUCACCAGCCAUCGCUUCAAUUUGUUGCUUUCUUUUCUCACUUGUUACAAAGAAGAGUCACUGCUGUUGCUGCAGGUUGACCACUUGUAAUAUUUCCGUUGUGAUUAUUUAUACACAGUGAGCAGUAUAACAAUACUGAACGACACACAUUUGAAUGUUAUUGCUUAUUAUAAAUCAAUCUAUUUUUCUUGUCUUGGGGGGGUGGGGGGGCUGACUACUUUGAGGUGAUUGGAAGACUGGGCUUAAAAAAUAUAUAUAGCACAUGUAAAAAGCAAUAAACAAGCUUUGUAAUCCAGUACUUCUGUUUGUGUACAAAAUGUAAUUAUGUCCAUUGUGAAUAUAACAUGCAAUGACAAGAGCUAUAAAGAUGCUACUUAUUAGAAGUAAUAUGCAAAUAUUCAGAACCCAUCUGUUUUAUAUCAUGUUAAUAAAUGUUGAUGUUCUUAUAUAA